AUGAAAAGAGCACAAUCUCAUGCGAGGCUUGUCGACAUCGAAAGUGUAAAGGGCUUGCCGUUGGGAUAUCUCAGCCAAUUAGAGAAACGACUUACCGAGACGGAGACCGCUUUAUACAGGACUCUGAUGACAUUGGGUACGAUAGGGCCGGCAGACUUGAUGUCCGCUUCAGUUAUAGCAGAUCCGGGGCAUAAACCGAAGCUAGCACGUAUGGAUGAGUGGUCUCAAUACUCACUGCAUGGAGAGCGAGACCUGUAUCGCUGGAUGUCUGCUGUAUCCGACCGAUUCUCUGUCGAGCCUCCACUCGGAGUACAUUUGCCAGAAAUACCGGCAAGUGUAUACGAUAGACCAAUAUCUGCCGCUCAUGACGUAGAUUUUGGCACAUCAGAAGCCACAUCACAAGGAGAGCUUCGUGGUGUCGCUCCUCGUGCAUGGCAACGGGAUGAAGUCCACAUGGAAAGCCCCUAUGAAACCCACUUGCACCCACAGGGUCUUGACUCUUCAUCGGCAUACCUAUACGAUCAAGUUGAACCAUCGGAUAGUGGAGCAUCACCAGAUAUUCUGGAUCAUGAACAUGGGACAAAGGACGGUCAUAUAGAGGUUGAACAAUCUCGCAAAGCAGAUGUCUUGUCGAAAAGUAAACCAUGCAUCUAUUUUUAA